AUGGUCCGUUCAAAAGCCAUUGCGCCCCAGCUGUGUUCUCCGCCCCCUUUUCACGUUCUCACAUGUGAUUGGCUUCUCCGAACGUCACUUACUCCUUCCCAAACGAGUCAGCCCCGCCUCUUUCACGAAGCCCUAGCAGCGAAACGAGGAACAGAAGCCCUAAAAGACAGGUACAGAGUGUCUCUACUCUGUCGGGAUGCUUUAACCUUCGCCACAGAACCGUAAGACUUUCUUCUAAUUUAUUCUCAUCUUUCGUGUUGAAUUAUCUGUGUUUGUUUUUACCAGCUUAGUCUCGCUUCUGUUUGAAUUAAGCGGCAGAGUUAACAGCGCUCGUGUCUCCCCCUUUGCUCUCAGUGACAGCGUUGAAGUGAAAAAACGCUGUCGAUAGAAUUACUAAUGGACUUCCUUGUGUUAUUUGCUACAAAACUGCUGUGUGUUUUCCUCCCUGGUAACCAAUUGAGCGUAAUUUGUGUGUUGUAUGGAGGCUGUGCUGCGUUUAGGACCACAUUUGAAUACAAUAUCAUAUUUGAAUGCGCUGACAACUUUGAACUGCUGUGUUGGCUGUUGCUGCCGAGAGGAACUCAACUGAGCUAUGUGGAUUCAAACGGGACACCUGUGGUUUCAGCCUAUAGAGACUGUCCCCUGUAAAUUAUUCAGACAAUCUAACUCACCAAACUAACUCUGAUAUCAUUCAAAUUAUAACACUAUUGUAAGAUUACAUACAACACCGGUGUAUUUUUUUAUUAUCAUGAACAUAUGAUAUAGAGAAGAUGUCUUGUUUUUGUUUUGUGAAUGGAGAUAGUCCCUAAAAGUUCAUAUGAUGUAAUCAUUCAGAUGAAUAAGGUUCAGGUUUUUCCCAGAUGACUACACCGUGCACAUGCACAACAAUGAAGCUAUUAAUGCUGAGUCAUUUAUUGAUAAACAGACAUUUUUGAUCAUAUUAGAUCAAACUUUCAGUGGUCUGUUACCUACAAAUGUCAACAGCUCUUUGGUUCUAGUUUCCAAACUGCAAAACUUUGCUUGAAGAUCAACCUUUUUUGAAUCCAGUGUCUUCAAUCAGUCAAUCAAUCAAUAACUUCUUGUUUAUUUAUGCAUUGCAAGGACCAUGUUUUGUAUGGAAACCUUUAGUGGACAUCCAUCCGUUCAUUUGUUUGAUUUCAACAUCAGUGUCACCUCACUAUUAUUAUUCAUUGGUGAGUUAAUCAUGAACCACUCAUCGCUUUCACCUCAAGUCUUUGUGGUGCUUUGAGUGUUGUUAUUGUCGUCUGUAAAUCAAUCCUUUCAGUUCAGACAGGAUCCUUUUAUGCAUGAGUGGUGGUGGCAUCACUGUCACCAUGCCAUUCUCAAGUUGUCUGUGCUCACACACACACUGCGAGCUCAUGAUCAAGCUUGAGUGAGAAGAAAUUGAUGAUGUCAUUUUACUGUAAAUACAUAUACUAGCAUUGUAGAAUCAAGUUGUAUUUGUAACAAAAGCCCAAGUAAUAUUCAUAUGGCCUUUCAAAGGGCCUCCACCAGCAAUUGUUGACUGUCUUCAAUAGGGGUAGACUGAUAAUUGACCUUGGCCUUUUAUUGUAUAUUCAGCAUAUUCUAUAUCAGCCUUUUAUUUUACAGUUGGACGAUUAACUGAUCAAAGUGCACUACUUUGGCUCUGCUGUUAGUGUGUCUUCCCCUCUGGGUCUGUUUUCUUGCACUGUUUUGUCUCACCUUACGUCCCGCCUACAACAGGAUCUGACAGGGUAGACAUGAUGUCAGUGUGACGUAACUGUGCUCUAAGUGUAACUGGUUAAGUGUUAACCCCUUUCUGUGUUGUUGAUUAAACAUUUGCUAAAGGUAGCCUAUUCAGUAAAAAAAGGAGUAUUUUAUAUUCCACAUCCUAAAUUUUGAUAGUUUUUCAUUGUUGUUGUUAAUUCAAAUCAGUCUCACUCAUAUUAGCUCUAAAAACCUGAUUUCUGUCCCUGGUCUUAAAUCACACUUAAUACAGCAGCAGAUUCUGAGUUACUAAAGCAGUCAUGAAAGCUAUGCAAGAUUGUGUCACACACAAAUUGCCUAUCAGAUUUGUAUAGACCAAAUGGUACAUCAGUACAACCUGAAACUAAGAUCCUUGUAGUUAUUUUGGAGCCUGCCCUGGAGCCAGUCAUGUGUUUCGUCCCAGUGCCCUUGUGCAAUCCUCUGAUUCCCUGCUGGUUUUAAGGGGCAUUGUUCUGUGCUAUUCUUGCACUUGUGUGAUUUCAAGGCCAGCAGAGGAUUUCUCCAAAGAAAUCAAUAAAGCUGUCAAUCAGCUGAUUAGUCUUUACUCCUUCCUCAGAGUUUCCGGGCGUUAACAUCCAGCGUGGCUGACUUGACUCACUGAGUUGCCUCUGUGUCACUCCCUCCUUAAUACAACUCCCACUUUAAAGCUGGUAAACUCAAAGCUUUCAUGUUUCGGCUAACUCUGCAAGGGUCCUUACAAAGAUCAGCCUGCAGUGGACCUCCUUUGGUUUCAUGAGGUUACAGGAUGCUUUGCCCUACUUCCAGCAAAGCUGUCAGGAUUGACACGUAGGCUCAUGAGAAAUCACGUUUUUUGCUGGUAACAGCACAGAAUCUAUAAAUAGCCCCAUGUAUUAUGCCCUCAGAUUUCACACACAGAACAAACAAAUUGAAUAUAUAUUCUCGCCUUUGCCUUUUUGUAUCCAUAGCAACCAGAGAUUGGGCAGUAACACGGAGUGUCCCUUGUCUCUGCAGGAAAAAUACAUCAUUUGCGGUGCAUCUCUUUUGAGAAACAUCAGAUAAAACAGUUUGAGCACGCUGGUUCUCAAGCUUGUUUUCUUUGUGUUCAAAUUUGGGUGGAUGUGAAAAAGUAAUGCUGAAUGGCAGAUUGGGGCUGCUGUUUACUCUUUGAUCACUCGCUGAUGCUCACUUCAUAUGUUCUCCCCCUGCAUACAGGAAAUACAGGAAGAACUGUAUGACUCUUAAGGUUAUAAAUAAUAUUAAAACCACACUCUGCCAGACAUCAAGUCAGAGGUCAGAUUAGCUAAGUGCCAAUGCCACUAAAUGGAUGUGAGCUCCCACACAUCCAUUCCUGUAGACCGCCAUGAUAUUUAGGUGUUGAUGUAUCAAGUAGCUUGAAAAUACCGCCAGAUGUGUGUCUAUUUAAAGCAUCUUACGCCGGCUCUCAACUUGAUUAUCAGCGGAUCAUGCACAGCUUUAACUGGAUAAUUCUGUAGAGCUGUACCGGAAGAUGCUUUAUUGGAGGUAGAGCCACAGAUGGACCAUCUGUGUAAGGACCUUUUUGCAGUCCCAGUCAGCCCCUAAUGGGGAGGAUAUACAGCUAUGUGGAUUGAGGGGUUGAUGGCAGCCCUGCUGUUGAAAGAAUGUGUAUAGGCAGAGAGCAGAUGGACAAGCUGCAGAGUCAAUGUGUGUGUGUGUGUUUGUCAUGUCAGGACUGGAAACUCAAGCCUGACAAAUCCUCCGGCUGCAGCCUCAUCGUCUCGAGAUCUUGUCAUGGAAACUGGUGAACAACAGAUGAGACUUUGCUUUACAAAAGCCAUGGGGCUUUCAGUGUACACAAUAUGUGUCGCUCGUGGCUGUGACCAACACAAAAAGGUUGUAAUGACGCACUUGUAGACUUGUUGAAUCAUUCUUGCUUGAGCGCAAUGAUUCUUGUAAGAGCAGCAUUCCUGAACUGUUAAAAAAGGCAUUUAUAUCAGUGAACACCACUGGUUAUGUGACUGACUGCCACUGUCAGUCACUCAGCCCUGAAGCUCCACUAAUGUGACAGUUUGAAGACUGAAUCUGAUUCCAGGGGCGAAAACAGUUCAGUUCAGCAAUGACAGAGAAAGCUCUUGAAUGAGGAUAUUUUCCUGACUUUCACAAAAAUCAGACUUUUUGUCUUUUUAUAAAAUGUUCACAUAUUUGCACCAAAUACAGUACAAAUGUUCUCAGAAGGCUGUUUUCACCAUCAAAAUACAACAUUUAAAGACUUAUGAUGCGUUCCAUUUACCUCAGAAGUCAGUGCUGGGAUUGACGUCACACCCGAGUUAUCAACGUUUCAGAUACAAAGUCAGAAAAAAGUAGCCAACAGCCAAAAACGGAAGCGGAAACAAGAUGGCUACAUCUAUGAAAGUUAUUCUUGCGCUUGCCCUGUCCAAAUAUGAACAACUUCUGGACAAAUAUGCGGUCCUUAUGCAACCUGCAAACACAGUGGAUGAAGAGGAAACACAAAGGCGCAGAGGGUAGCCUAGUUUUUCUCAUUACAGGAGCUUCUUCUUACUUUUUACAAUUGGUGCCGUGAUCUUUAAAUGCCAACUCGGGGGUUCUGUGGAUCGUCCGACUUUCCGAGUCAGAAAUCCAACCUUGAGGAUCGUUAUUUUUGAAAGUGGAAAUCUCGACUUCCGAGUACAACUUGAAUGCACAAUUAUAACAUCCAGUGAUAGCACAGCUCUCUUAUCUGGCAUGCUUUAAUGCUCUAGCUGCAGACAGUGAUCGCAGUAUUGCAGAUUAUCAGCCACCCCGAGCAUUGUUUUUCUGCAUGAUAUGUUCCCAAUAAAAACUUUCCAGGCUGAUUUAUACUCAAAACAAAGUACACUGAUAUUAACAUACCUGUAACAGGCCCAUGUCAACAGCUAGAAUAUCUUAAAGAGAUAUUAUCUAAGUUCUAAAGUGACAAAUCUCCAAGUCAACAACCCUUUAAAUGCUGAUUAGUCAAAGGGUUAGGAAACACAGAGUAAAUAAUUGAAAAUCAGCUGUUUUUUGACACAGUUAAACACAAGGUCAAAGACUCUGCAGAUAAACAAAGACAUGACACUUGUUUGCAGAGUGGGGCUACAGUUGCAGAACUAGCCUUUACUUUUCCCUGCAGGUCAACAUUCACUUGUAUGUGCUGGUUAUACAUGACUCAGGCCAGGAGGCUAUUUACCUAUUACCAAACAGAAUUUAUCUCCAUUUUCUAGCUUAAAUUACUGUCAAACAGCACUGUCGGACCAGGUACCAUCUGUGGUUGUUUAUAUCUGGGUAGUAGAGUAUUAUAGCAUAACAUCAGAGACAUGAGAUCUGCAGCAGGUUAGUAGUGGUUGGGCUGCAACUUGGACACAGCACAUGACUCACUUUGUGUCUACAAUAACAACAUAUUAUUCGUUUUUUGACUUGUUAUUUUGAUACCAACGAACAAGGGUGUCAACAUUUAAUUGCUAAGCUGUCCAAACACACAUCUUUAAUAUGAUCUGGUAUCAAAUGUCUAAAGUUUGUCAUAUAAAACCCUCGAGUUAUGAUGAGAGGCUGGUGUGGCAUUUGUUUUUGAGACUGGUUGGUUUAACUGGUACCAAUAGAAAACAAAGCCUUCUUCUUGAGCGUGUUUCUUUUAACAUGUUUGCUUUUAUCUCCUCACAUGAAACAGGCCAGUGUCCACUUUACAAACUGGUUUUAUAUCCCAUUAUUAAAGCUUUAAUAAGUUUUUUUUAAUGUUUCUUAAACUGUUAACUUUGAAGGCCAAUAAAUCUAUUUAUUGAUCAGUGUGCAAACUGGUGCAGAUGCAAAUAGAGACCCCACAUCUAAGGCUGUAUCUGAUGAAUUUCUGAUCCUGGUAUCUGUUACAGUUGUGUCACAAUAAGUGACAGUCAGAGGAUGUAUCUGUUUAAGUUUUUAAGUAUUCAUGGAGGACUCUGACUGAUAGUCGUCUGUGGUCAUUUUGCAAAUCUACAAAUAGGAAUCUAUUUUUAUCUUUAUAAAUACAGUAGUUAGAGUUGUAAAAUCCUGAUGAUAAGGUGUCACUUUAUAUUCUGAGUGAAUAUUUACAUAAUACAACCCCUCUGUCGCUUCCUGCAUCCCAUCAGCUGAUCUCCUGAAUGCUGACGAAUGUUAAAAAGCAAAGAGAAACCCAUAAAGCAGCCCGGUCCUUCACCUUGAAACCUUUUAUUCCCUCAUUGAGGCCUUGUGACUCAGGUAUUUGUCCGGUCUCGCUGCAACAAUGACCCCUUUUCCAUGUUAACAGAUCAUUUACAAGUUGUUGUACCAUUAAUGAUUGACUCCCAUUACGUAAGUCUGAAUGUAAAACCUCAGCACUUCUAGUCUUUCAGUGCAGGUGGCUCUUACCGUGGUGUACAAUACUACAGUAAUCACUCAGGCAGGGUAAGUAGGGCACUCAGUUGGGGGACUGACAUCUCCCAGGUUCAUUUAUAGAUUUGUACAGUUCAUGUGUGGCACAAAGUACUCCAGGCUGAUAGCUUUUGUGCAGGCUUUCAAGCUCUUGUCGUUAGGUUGUGACACUUCAAACGCAAUCUUCUCAGAGGUGCGGGGACAAUUUUUGAGGUUUCGCUCAAAAAGAAGGCAAACUUUGCUGCUGAGUUGUGCGAAAAGGGGGGGAAAAAAGGCUGAGGAUUGGAAGGCAAGGCUGAGUUUGUUACGUAAGAUAGUGCUUCAUGCUGCUGCUCUUACUCACCAACCAUUGUGUUUGUAAUCAUGGUGGUUUUCAUCUCAGAAUGCAGUCAGAGCGGGAGAUUUACCACCGAGGCCCUGAGCGGUUACACUACACUACAUGCUGGUUCAUCAUGUUUCACAUAUUUUAAGGUCUAGACCAACGGGGAUGUAUUUACACUUAUGCGGAUGUACAGAUCAGAAGGUACAUGCGCUGAAUUCCUGAACUUUUUUUUACAUCCUUAUAAAGCUGCAGCCGAAGUCGCCAGACAUGUCACAGCCUGGGAAGUGUGAAAACACAACAGCUUGAUGUGCUAUUUCCAAGCUUCCCAAAGUUUAACAUCAUCAGCCUACUCAAAUAUGCCGUGUCCUUUUAGUCUGUGCUCCCGAGCUGUGAAGUAAGUGGGCUGUCCAGUCUGCUUUUAGCCCAGUGCUGUUGACUGUAGCUAGCUGUGUGUUAUGGUGUGUCGAGGGGUAUCGAAGCAGGGAGCACAUUCUUUCCUGUUGAUGACUCACGUCCUGGGUUUGGUACUGACUGUAAGCCAGGCCGUGGGGAACCACAGAAUAAACACAGAAAAAAAAAACACCACACUGUUUGCAGAGGAUAGAUGAAAGUUAGCUGCAAAAUCUAAGAGUUUACACACAUUUGCAUGCAAGCACACACACAAAGCAUACAGCAUUGCUUUGAUACAACCAAACAGGGUUGCGCAGCACAUGUCCGUGCAAAUGUUUGAGUUCAGUUUUCUGGCUGUGUCAGCGCACACAGGGAGUGGCAUUAUAACACACGGUAGAGGUAAGAUACACACAACCAGGUUGGGGCAUGAGUGUGGAAUGAAUGUUACAUCAUAGUGAGAGUGUGGUGUUCUCUUUUUUUCGCUCUGUACAACCAUAAACACAUACAGUGUAUCUCUGUAGAGACCAAACACAAAACCUUCAAACCUGUAGGCAAACAAAGAGUCCUAAUGGGCUCAUGUGGGAUGAUCACAUCAUAGUUUCAGGACUUAUUUAAAAGAGACAACUCACAAUUCUUGUCUGACAAGCAUAAUCUGAGACAUAUCCUUGAGCAAGUAAAUCCUGAACCUGCAGGUCAUGUAAUUGAGUUUUAGAGGCACAGCAUUUCAUUGAAUGAACACUUUAAAUUUGCAUUAAAACUUUAGAAAAAGGACACAGGAGGAGCAGGCCAGGGGAAGUAACACUAAUUGAAAGUAGUCAGUGGUGAAGCAGCUAAAAGGAUCCAGUUGCCACUGUUAGUGCGGGCUGUGUAGUAUUUGCUGAUGCAGCAGCAGUCAGUGCCCCUUGGUCUUAACUUAGGACCUAAAUCCCAAGUAUGUUGACAUGCUGUGUAGAAUAAUGUCAAUAAGGAGAGAAUUUGAUGGUUUCCAAAUUGUUUAACCCUUUGUGUAACUGACAUUCAUACAAUACUGACCAGCCUAUACUGUCCCACUCUUGGCUAAUAUGGGAAAUCAACUGCUCAAAAGUUCGGGGUGUAUUUUGUCGUAUUUUUCAAUUCAAUUCAAAUCCCUUUAUUUUUGUCCCAGGGUCAGUUUAAAGGGGCAUGGCAGCAGCUUAAGGGGGUACAUAAAAAAAACAAUCGGUAAAAGACAGACAUUUAACAUCUAAAGUGCAUGGAUUGAUAUAAAGAUGAAGUGGCUGAAUUAGGAAGUUGAAGCUUUUAUCCGCAUGAUGCGCCAGAGUUUUUCGGUGGAUGACAAGUCAGGACUGCAGACAGGCCAGUUUAGCACCUGCCAUGCUGUUGCAAUACAUGCAGAAUGUGAUGUGGCAUUGUCUUCCUGGUAUAUACAAACUCUUUUUCCUGUUAAAAACCACGGUCUGCUGCUCCAAAACCUGUUUAGAUUUUUCUCAGCACCAAUGGUUCCCUCCAGGAUGUUAAGUUAUGCUCUAAGCACUUGUUCAUCCCCAUACCAUCUAGGGGUGGGGGAAAAAUCGAUACAGCAUAGUAUCGCAAUAUUUUGUCUGGUGAUAUAUCAUAUCGUCUCAUUUACCAAGUAUCAAUUUUUUCAAAUUAAUUGCUAAUAUGAAGUCAAAUCUAUGAUAAUGGAAAAAUAAAACCAACUGUUUGUCCAGUGAGGUUGGCAGAGCUGACAUCAGAGCAGGAGAAAGUUAGUGCAACAAAUAUAUAAAAGGUUUGCAAGAUAUUCUACAUGAAAAUAAAAUGCAGUGUAAAGAAGACAAACAUAAAGGAAAGAUAAAUGCUAAAUUAGCUAAACAGUUAAAAAAAAUUGUAUAAAUUGCAAUAUAUUGUAUCGCAGUACUCACUGUACUGUACAAUGUUAAACAUCGCAAUAAUAUCGUAUCGUGGGGCCAAGACGGAUUGCCACCCUUAAUUCCAUCAUGGAUGCUGGCUUUUUAUCUGUGUGCCGAUAACUAUCAGGGUGGUCCGUCUCCUCCUUACAGCACAGGAUGAGGAGUCUGUGGUUUCCAAAGAGAAUCUCAGCUUGUUCUCAUAGUUUCCAGCUUCAUCUCAGUCAAUCUUCAAAGGGCUCAGACCCAGAGAAGCCACUGGUGUUUCUGAGUCAUGUUUAUAAUUAUGGGCUCACUGACAAGUUCCUGCUUCCAUCUGGUUAUAAUUAAUCUAUCUCAUUUAUAAACAAACAUAAACUGUGUAUGCAAGUCCACUUAACAGAGUGUCCCAGGAAAAAAGGUUUGUACUUCAGCAACAGCUCAUCAGUAUUUAGAUUUCCCUUUUCCCUGGUAUGGAUCACCGCUGACUCAAAAAGUUAAUUGUAAAUAACUAUAAAUAAAUAGCCGGAUCAAACCCUUUGGGUAACUCGCUGUUUACAGUUUAAGUAGGACUCACUAGAUUAACACAGGCUUUUCUUGAGAGUGUAAUAAACCAAGAAAAGACAGUGUUCAUUUUGCAGAUAUAGCUGUAGGUGAAGAUUUGACUUGGCUUUGAAUUGCUCGUUGGUUUUAUUACAGUGUGAUCUGUGAGAAAGGAAGUCUUGACUUAAUGCCAGUUAUCAGUAACCGCUGGUGACAUCAGGAUGCUGGUCAAGUUGUCGAUCUUUCCCUGAGACACACAGCUGAAAACUGGUGGACGAACAUGAAGUUAUGAAAGCCUCUGGAGUCAACUUUUGUUUGUUUUCUCAAUGUUGGUCUUGUCUGUGUGAUGCUCACAUACUUGCUUACAGGUGUGUUAUUUAUCAAAGAGCUUAUGUGGUACCAAGACUGUUAUCGAAAGACUGUGUGACAUUUGUUUUGAGUUAUCAUGUGAUCUUGAGCGCUCACAUGUAUCACAAUAGACCUGAGGAAGAGCCCAAAAUAAAGAUCUAUAAAUGUGUCAUGUGCUUCUAUUCUGGACGUCUUUGUGUUUCUUCCUUGAACUACUUUGGAGUUUGGGAAUUUCAUAUCCUCAAUUAGCUGCCUUCCAGUAAAGCAGAGACGGUGAGUAAGUGAUUCCCCUCUGUUUUUCAUCCCUCCGCUCCUGCGCACUGCUGCUGUUCUCUUUUUAAAAAUACGCCUUUGCGCCGCUCUGACAUCAGUUGCUUUCGACCCCUCUCUGCAGUGCUGACUGUUGCGGUGUGGCCUUCAAAGGUCAGAGUGAUGCUCCCAGCAGCUCAUCUGUGAUCUGCGGUGCUGCGGUUUCCACGGGAACGAGACGACAGGAGGGCAGAAAGCAGUCAAGUCGCCAAAAGAUGACGUCGCCGUCGCCCACUCACAGUGACAGCAGCGGCUCCUCAAAGCAUGACAGUAACCAGGUAUGUGUGUGAGCGAUGCAAGCAGACAGCCUUUUUUUUAGUAUUUCUUUCAUAGUGCAAUGUGUGAAAAAAAACUCUGUGAACUCUAUUCACUGUGAACAAAUAUUGAAAUGGCUCGGUAAAUGCGAACCCCUCUCUAUAAAUACAGAAGAAUGCUUAAAGCACAAUAAGAGGACCGUGGUCUCAUCAGUACUUCACCUAAAUGGGUCGUGUUCUGAUUAUGAUGUUUGUCCUGUUUUCCUGUUUGCAUUGUGUUCCACCUUAAGGGUAAGCUCCUCACUAGUCUGUCUAACUCAAACAGUACUGCCUCUGUGUGUCCCUGCAGGACAGCUGGGAGAUCGUGGAAGGGCUCAGGGGGGCUCCGGCCAGCAUGCAGGAGCCCGACAGACAGGAGGGCCUGCUGCUCAAGAGGAGGAAGUGGCCCAUGAAGGGGUGGCAUAAGGUGAGAGCUCCAGCUCUGCUGUUAAAGCCUCCAGACAGAAAUAUGUCUUUUUAUAGAGCGCCGCCGCUCCUUUUAUUGAACCAGAGAGCUAUUUUCACCCUGAACUUGACUGCUUUUGAAACAUGAGGUGUUGAGUUGUUAGCAGCAUUUUGAGGGCUUUAAGGCUUUGUUUAGAUCUGCGAUGCUUUAAAAAUAGGUCAAAUCAUUUGCUGCUUUUUGAUAUUAUAGUCUUUUCAUUAUAAAUGCAUGAUAUAAAAAAUAUAAGCAAUGCUUAAUAACAUGAUUUAUGCAUCUCUUGAAUCAAUACAUCUAAGGCAAAAUAUCAUCCAUCGACUGCAUUUGCUUACAGCGCAAUAGAUAAAGAUAUCAGUUUUAACUCACUGCUUCUUUGUCUGUCUGCUAUCCAUCAUGUUUUACCUGCUUUUGCAGCACAUCACCCCUGAAUCCAAAAUAAAUUUCAAACCUUUUUUUUCUCAACUCUAAAUUGGCAGUAGUCAAUCCAAAGGCAGGUGACAGCUAGCAUGAGCGUCUUCAAAAAGGUGUCAAAAAAUAGGGCUGUCAUACCCAGACCUACAUCCAGUAACUGAAAUGUUCACAUGCUGAAUGCAGAAGCAAAGCUUGCUUACAUAAGUGAUUAAUUUACUGCAUUGAAUUCAGUCUUUUGUAGUGUGGGAAUAAGGAAUAGUCAGGUUGUUAAAAAAAUGAAAUCAGGGUUUAUUGAAACAGACUGAUAUUAACAGUGGUGUCCCGAAAUGAUGCACUAAAGCAAGUUAGACUUUCAGUUAGAGCUUGGCAGGUGAUCCGGUUUUAAUUUCGACAGAGUCACAGUUACUGCCUACUGUGUUGCUCCUGUUAUGUCCUAUACAUGGAAAGAACUGCACCCUCCCUUUUUAACUUAAUCAUAGAGCAUGGCGGUGGCCCCUCCCUUCAUAAUAAGCAGCUCGGAUCAAUGUGAAACAAAGCUUGGGAAGGUUGUGGCUCUUGCUAAAAUAAAUGGUGGACUGCAGCCACAGCCACAGAUGGAGAGAGGAGAGCAGGGAGAGGAGCAGGAGGAAGCAGGCGUGUGUACCUGUGUGUGACUGAAAAGCUGCGGGACGGGAUAGGCAAGACGAAAAUGAAAGACUGCAGCAAUCAUGAGUUGUAUGAGCAAGAGCGAGACAUGAUAUAAAGCUUGACUGAAUGAUUUGUUGGAUAUAAGCAGUAAAAGAGCUCAGGUCAUUAGAAUUAUUUGACACUGUGUAAAAAUGCAUUACGACCAGUGCUAUCUGGUACUGAAACAUUGCACCAAAAUUAAGCCAGAACUCUUAAAGUGAAGGGAAGUAUUGAUGCAUGGCCCCUUUCAGUUGUAGUUCUUAUAUCAGCAAGUAAGACAGACAGGCUUUAGUAAACAAAAGGGUAGGCUAAGCUGCUGUUUGGUUAAUGUCAUGUGAAGAGAUUAACUCCAUGCUGUUAACAUAGCUUUUUGCUGUAUUCUUCAAAGCAAAUAUUCACUCUGAACUGUUAAAAGACAGCAAGACAGAAGUUACACAUACAUAAAACAAUCAGCAAAGACACAGGAUACUAAAACUUCCCCUCUGGAGCGUUGGAAUAUUUCACGCUCGGAAAAAUCUCUUUCCUUUUAAUUCUGAGUCAUCCCUGAACAUGUCUCUGUCUGAACUGUCUGAGCUGUAAGUCCAUCCUAACCAGGAAUCUGACCUGCUAUCUUUUAAUACCUCGAGCUAUUUCUGCAUUUCCUUCUCUUCACCGUAAUGGUCUACUGCAUUUCCCCCUUUCUAUUCUUUUGAUUCCUGGCUGAUUUUACUGUAAUCCUGACUCAUCAUCCUCCCACUCUUCAUCUCUGUGACUGUGCUCAGACCUGGAAAGUUCUGCGUUACAACAUGUGUGAAUUGCCACUUCAUCAGGCUCCCUUUUAUCAGGAAAAAGAGGCCUUAAGUCCUCUUAAAGAGCCUUAUCAGUGUGUUCUUUUUUUUAUUGUAAAACUUAACAGCGAGCGUGACGUGCUUGUGAGCCGUCCAGACUUGUGUUAUUUCACUGCCGCCCUCACUGUCCUCAUAAACUUUGCAUAAUUUUUUGCGUAUUUUCUUAGAUAACUUCUGUACUUUAACCCGCUGUUAAAGGAACUAACAAAUGAGGUUUUUUUUCACCUUAGAGAUACUUUGUGUUGGAGAAAGGAAUCCUGAAGUAUGCAAAGCGGGACACAGAUGUAAGUGUUACCUCAAGAGCGCCAUCUGUCUGUUAUUCUCUAAUUUAGACCUUUACACACACAUGCUAACAGAGUGCUUUGUUCACAGCUCAAGAAGGGAAAGCUCCAUGGCUGUAUCGAUGUCGGCCUCUCUGUCAUGUCCAUCAAGAAGAAAGCCAUGUGCAUUGACCUGGACACAGAGGAUAACAUCUAUCACUUAAAGGUAACGCCUCUUAACAAUCUGAGUUUCAUGAAAAUCGGUCAGCUCUCAGAGCGCUGCAUCAAAACCUCGACAACAACACUUUCACAAAGGCUCUCUGCAGCUGUUUCAAAGUUUCUGCUCCUAAUUUGACUCUGUGCACCUCAGGUGAAGUCUCCGGAGCUGUUUGAGGAGUGGGUGUCAAAGCUGCGUACUCACCGGGUGUUUCGGCAGAACGAGAUUGCCAUGUAUCCCCAUGAGAGGCACCUCUUCCACCCCCACGCCUCGUCUUCGCCCUCCCUCAAUGACUCCCUCAGAAAAGUAAGUCGCUCCUGUGCUCUUUUGUGUAGAACACGGAGUUAAAAAGAAGUCUUUGUUGAAGCUUUAAAGCAGUCACAGAAAGGAUUUAGCUAUAUGAACUUGUCUUAUCCUCUUUCUCUUCUCUCCCUCCAUAAACAGAGGGCUACUCUCACCAAGCAGGCAUCAAUCCACCAGGCUAAGGUCAGCUCUUGGCUUCAUUCCUCUGAGGACAUGGAUAAGUGCAGCAAAGGUCGGUUUUUGUUGUCUCUUCUCUUUUUUUCCCGUUCUGCCUGUCAACAGUUUUUAAAAAGAUUGUCUCCCUGAAGCGAAUCUUGAUUUUUUUUUUCUCUCCUCUCUCUUUCAUCACUUUGCCUGCAUGCUUCAAAACUUUCAUUGUUUUUCAGACCUGGAGGAAUGUGAAUCAUACCUGCUUGAACUUAACCUGCUGCUGAAGAGCAUGGAGGUUCUUCAUCGCACUUACUCAGCCCCAGCCAUCAGUGCACUACAAGUAAGGACAAGAUAAUGACCUGGUUGGUCACGCAAUCAAAGUGGUCUUCACUGAAGAUAUUCAAGGACUGAAUGAAGGGGAUGUACAUAACCACCAAUUGCUUUAGAUUCUAAGGUUUAGUAUCACCUCUGGAACAAUGCACCAAACAUGUUGACAUGAUGUGUUGGUCAAGAGGCAGAAGGAAGCAAAAGCUUAUCUGGCAUUAAAGGGACAUUCCGGCGUAAAAAACACCGUAAAACCGAGUUAGACACCCUGUCGAGAGAUGAAUGUUGCCGACCGCUUGCUUCUCUAGUUACAACAACUUUAGUAACGAAUGCACAAUAGCAAUACACAGUGGCCACGCACACACCUCAACCAAAAAGCCACUCUAUAGCCACAAAUAAUGCUCAGAACAGCAUCUAACUUCAUCAACAGUACAUAAAGGGUCCCAGACAUAGUACUAGCCACCAAACAUCUUUUAAACUUUGCCUGGUUUCUCUAGCAAAGAGACAAAACACAACUCACCUACUCUCUUCCGGCAGCCGCUUGUUUGUAGGGAGACCCCGGAACAGUCCAUCACCGACUGCUCCGGGUUGAUGCAGCUCAAAGAAGAACAUUUAUGAUCAUUUCUUCAUGGAAAUACAAUCAGACUGAGACACUAAAGCAUAAGAACUACUACGGCGUCUGCAGAGCAAAAUGAUUAAUUUGAUGAUUAUUACUUUAAGGAAAUGAUAAAAUAAUGACCAUAAAUGUUCUUCCUUGAGCUGCGUCACCCCGCUGCGAUCGGUCAUGGACUAGUCUGAGGUCUCCCUACAAACAGACAGCUGCUGGAAGAGAGUAGGUGAGUUGAGUUUAGUCUCUUUGCUAAAGAAAUUAGGCAAAGUUAAAAAGAUGUUUGGUGGCUAGUACUAUGGCUGGGGCCCUAUAUGUACUGUUGAAGUUAGGUGCUGUUCUGAGCAUUAUUUGUGGCUAUAGAGUGGCCUUUUGAUUGAGGUGUUAUGGUGUGUUUGACCAUGACUUAAAAUUACACAGGAAUAUCCCUUUUAUCAGAGUAGUUUGUUAGUAAGAUAUAACCUCAGAAAAAGCUUUAUACUGCGAUAAAUCACUGAAGAUGAGUCCUUUUCUCAUUUAAUUUCACCAAGGUUCCUCUUCAUUCAUGCACUGAACAAAAUAUCACCCAAAAACUUUGCUCCGACUUUACCCAGACCUUUCUUUAACACUCAAGUAAAAAACUCUGCAAGUGACAUCUCUCUCUGCUGGCCAUCAGAAAGAAUGCAGGCUGAAGGCAUUUCACUUUGACUUCAUUUCUUCAGCCCACUCCUCGUAUACCAUGCAGACUGUGGUUGAAAUCCAGUGAAAAUGGAAAUGCAUAGGCUGACCUAGACAGUGGCAAACUAUUUUUGGCGACUGAAGUACCUCAAGGAAUAAAUGCAAGACUGUCGAAUGCAUCAAGAGGUUUAUAACUGAGAUUAAUGUAUUCAUGCUUUUGUCAUUAUCUUUGUUUGUGAUACUCCAGGCAUCUAAUUUUGACAUCCCUAAGAAAGAGAAGAGGCCGAGGAGAUGGCGAUCCAAAAACAACGGCAAAGACUCCAAAGCCACAUUACAGGUUCAUUUACAGUUUUUGCUUUUUCAGCAGAUAAUAACAUCUAAAUAAGAUAAAUACUAUUCGGUAUUUCACCGUCCCCUGUUUUUUUUUCUCACCAGGUUCCAAGCUGCAUCUCCUCCCAGUCUCCUCGCCUACACGCUUCAAAUCCUAACCUAUCCACUACUGAGUCCAACGCCCAGGAGGUCUGCCCUGAAUCUCCAGACUCACCCACAGACGUCUCCCGUCUGCAGGAGGACUUUUGCAGGCUGGCCAACAAUAGUAAGUCCUUGUCUGCUUAUCUGCUCAGGAGGGUAAUAUUCCAAGUGGUAGCCUCAGUAUGGUAAUAUAGUUUCCAUGACAACUCUGCCUUAUCUUUGUGUUCCUCUCUCUAGUCCACACUACACUGAAAUCAGCCUUUAGCUCCCUGGCUGCAGAAAGGGACAGACUGAGACACACCAUCGACCUGCAGGCCCCACAGCCAGUACAGGUCAUGGGUUUGAAGAAAAGCGCCUAUGCCUCUGUGAGUGUCUCUGUGACUCAGAAAUCAAGCACAAAUGUCACUCAAAUUUUCCCCAGGGGAAAUAUUUCAUGCAACAAACUUGUUCGUGUUAACAGGAAUGUGCAGGUGGCUCCCACUCAUUGGUCCACCAGACGUCCAAUGAGAGCAGAGCAUCCAUCCCGGAGUCCAUCUCAGAGUUUUUUGAUGCUCAGGAGUAUCUUCUCUCCUCUUCUUCCUCUGAGAAUGAGGUGAGACAUCUACUGCUACAACUGAGGAAUUAUGGGAAAAUGUUAAAGAAUUUAUUUAUAGUUGAGAUCACGUUUGAAGUUGACUGUUUUUAUUUCAAUCAAGGUCAAACUCUUAAGGUUGCUCAUCAUGUUAAACAGAAAAGUCAAGCUAUUUGUGUGGCUUUUUGGCCUGCAAAGAGUGAAAACAUUGAAAUGAAUUUGCCAUUGUUGACAGAAAAAAAAUCUGGUUCAGCAACUACAGGUGAAAAACAAAACAAAUUCAGGUCUGAAAGUGAUCAAAAUCGGGCCUUAAAACUGUGAGUUUAAAAAGAUUGUUACCUGAAAAUCAUAUCUAUGUCAUUGAUUUUCUGUCCUCAGGUGUCUGAUGAUGACUCGUACAUUAGUGAUGUCAGUGACAGCGUCUCCAUGGAUACAUACAGCAACGAGGGAGGCAGUGAGAGACACAACUCUGGUAAACAAGACAUAAACAAGCGACGUGUCUGUGUUUGUCUGUAUGUAUGGGAAAACCUCUGAAUAGAGACAGUGACAGUGACAAGAGGUGUGGCCGGUCUGUUCCAGUGUGUUGAUGACUUAGCAUCUGUCUCCAUCCACCAUCAUUUAUUAAAGCAUUGCAAAUGUCUGAAAAUGACCCCCUUGUUUGGACGUUAAGCUUAAUUGCAGACAUUUCAGCAUGAUACUUCAUCAGUCAUUGUUCAACAAAGCAUCUGUGUAACUCAUGAUUUACUUACUACAACAAAUGGUGUCAGUUUUAGAUAUAGACCAAGGUAUAAUGGAUUUAUGCAGUCCCAUUAACCAGGAUUUUAUCCUGAUUCUCUUAAUUUCUAAUUACAAAAUAGAGCUUGUGCAGAUGAAAAAAAAUGAUUAAGUUCAGUCAAGAAACUCUCACGGUGCUGGUUGAAACUUCGCAGCAAAACAUUGUUUGUGACAGGUGUCCGGGCUAUGACUCAAUCUCUCCUCGCAGAUUAAUUUUACUUGCCAAAAUUUUAGGAGUGGUGAGAUAAUAUCUUCAGCUCUAACUCAUUAAGCCUGUAGGUGGAUGCUGGUGCUGCCAGUCCAAGCGUAGCACAGAUGCAGGGUAGAGGGAGUUGCUGGAAACCUUGCAGCUAGGGGUGGGAGAAAAAAAACUAUUUACACAAGUAUCACGUUUUUUUGUUUUACAAUUUUGGAACAGAUUUUUAUGUUCAAAAAUCUUUUUUUUUUUUUUUUUUUUUUCAAAUUUAAGAAUAAAUCUUAAAUAGUCAGUCGAAAAUCACAAUUGACAAUAUCAUAGAAUCGCAGUUUAAAUCAAAUCGGCAUCCGAGAAAUCGUAGAAGAAUCGAAUCCAGAGAAUAGCAUAUCGACCCAGCCCUACUUGCAGCCUAAAUAGACUGCCCAGCUGAGAGAACACAUUUGUAGGGUGAUUGUGGGAAAGAAAUGUUGAAUGUGAGUUCAGUGUUGCUUGAGUUGCCUGCCUGGACUAGCACACAGGUGUCUCCCUGUUAUCUGUUUUUACCAGGAUUUUUUAGGAUAUACUUUAGGUUAGUGGAUUUUUGGAGAACCACAAAUUUAUUUCGUAUUUGAAUAUGACAAAACUAGCAAUGAGAAAUGAGGUACUGCUUUGCUCACUCAAGGAGACAUUCAUAUUAAUGCACACUUAAAGUUUCCCAUGGCAUCUUUAAAUUAUCUGAUCAUUUUUAAGUCAAGCAUCAGCCUCACUGUUUCCCCCUUCAUGCUCUUUCCCACUCUAGUGAGCAGCGUUGUGACCCUGGCUCGUCGGCGCUCUACGCUGCCCUCUCCCAGCCCGACCAGCAGCGUGAGCCUUUGGAACAUCCUGAGAAACAAUAUCGGCAAAGACCUCUCCAAAGUGGCCAUGCCCGUACAGCUGAAUGAGCCGCUCAACACGCUGCAGAGGCUGUGCGAGGAGGUGGAGUACAGCGAGCUGCUGGACACCGCCAACCAGACCCAGGACCCCUACCAGCGCAUGGUGAGAUGAGAGAAAGUACACUUGAUUGAACUAGAAAGUGAAGGUUUCUAUGAAAACUCAAGAGUGUUACAACCUGUCCUACACAAUCGACCAAUACUUUGAUUUAUACGCAUUCAAAAGCAUAAAUGUGAUUGGCUGUGUCUGAUUUUCUCUGCAGGUGUACGUCGCUACAUUUGCUAUCACUGCAUAUGCAUCCAGCUACCAUCGGGCAGGAAGUAAACCCUUCAACCCUGUCCUAGGAGAGACGUUUGAAUGUGACCGACCAGACAAAGGCUUCAGGUUUAUAGCUGAACAGGUAAGGAUCACAUUGUUUUAGCAUCUGCAUGAUUUACUGCCUGUGAAUACACUCUCGUCACAAGACAAUGCACCUUACAGUCGACAGAAAAACUAAAAACAUCUAAAAUACUGAAUCAUAUUGUGUGCAGUGUAGUUAAAGAUAACGUCAAUUAUUGCAACUCUCUUUUCACCUCUCUUUCCAACUCCGACCUAAACCGCCUGCAGUCAGUACAGUAUGCUGCUGCAAGAUUACUCACAAGGUCAACAAAUAAUCUCACAUCGCUCCCAUACUGAUUUCUCUGCACUGGCUCCCCGUGGCUUAUUGGAUCAGAUUUAAAGUUCUCACCCCGACUAUUCGAGCCCCUCACGGCAGAACUCGUUCACCUUUACUCAGCAGCUCAUUCCCAUAGGUCCAGCUGUCAACACCUGCUGUCUAUCACACUAACACGCCUCAAGACUUGUAGAGAUCGUGCUUUUUGAGGCCUCAGUGGCAAAUCUUUGGAAUUCUCUGCCUCUCUGUCUUUGCUGAAUGACAUCUGUGGAGACUUUGAAAAAUCAGCUGAAAAGUACCUUUUUAGACGGGCAUAUCGAUAACUCAUAUUCAGCAUUCCACUUUUCUGAACCUCCUGUUUUAUGGUGUCGGUUAUUUAUAAUGAUUUUUACAUUUGGAUUUACAGUUGGAUUUUUCUACUCCUCUGGCUUAGUGAGGGUGUUUCACUUUUGUGUAUCUUGUUUUUUUGUCUUUCUGAUUUCGCUUGUUCUGGUUUUUUCUCUCGUGUAAAGCACUUUGUGAUUUGCGUCUGCAAAAAGUGCUUUUAUAAGUAUAGCUACUUACUUAUAGUACAAUCUGGUGUAAACACAGGUUUUGAAUACUUUUGUUAUCAAAAAAGUGAGCUGCGUCUGGCACCCUUGUGGUACCAAUAAACCCGUGUAAUCUGCAGGAAGGGGUUAGAUAGCAUUUUGAAGAUGCAAGCAGCUGCCUUACUCUGCAGAGCAUCCAGAAGACAUACCAAGGUGGAUCAGUCUAGCGACGCCACUAUUCUAUGUGUUUCCCUCUCAUCAUGUCAAUAUUAUGAAUUUUAAGAAAAUGUCAGUAUACUUUUUAGUACAUAAACCUUCUGGUGUUCCGUUUUGACCGAAAAGACUUUUCGAACAGUGACCAGGGGUAGCAAAAGUCUAAAAAAAUAGGUCUGCCAUAGGUCCAUUCAUGUCUUACAACUUAUAGCACCAUUGUAGAUUGUGCUCAGCUUCAUUGGGAGUAGCUGACAGAUUUGUGAUAACAGAUCAAGAGUAAGUUUAGUGGUUGGUGAUGCUGCAUAUUGCUGAUCUUGAUGGAAGUCUUAAUGCAGGAGCACACUCUUAAACGCCAGUGUGACUCAUAUUGAGGAUUUUAAGAUGGUUAAGUCAAACAUUCUUUAACUCGUAACUUUUGGGAGUGUGAUAGCAAUUUCAAGUUUUCUCAUCGCCUUCCAUUUUAGAUCAAAACUAAAGGGAGGCAGGUUAGUUUGUGCACAGAGCUGUCGCUACCCUCUUUUAUUCUUUGUUUACAGCAGUUUCACUGAAACUCAGAAUAAAGCUGCAGAGUAAUCUCUGCUAUAAGAAUUUAGAGGUUUCACUGUGUUGCAUUUAGCUUUUCAUCGAUUCAUGACUCCAGAGCCAUUGAGCAUCACUGUACAGCUUUUGAAAAAAGUGCUUUUAUCUUAUCUCGUGUCUCCUUCCCGCAUCACAGGUGAGUCAUCACCCUCCUGUGUCGGCAUGUCACGCUGAUUCAGGGAACUUCAGCUUCUGGCAAGGUGAGCAGCAGAGAUCUGCAUUGAAUGCGGAUCUUUUUUUCUCUUCUGUUUGUCUGAGCUUAUAUUUUAGAUUGAUUCACCACAGCUACACCCUUCAAUUUUUAGAUUUUCACAAGCUGAGGGUUAUGGAUGAGGUGAAAAUCAGUGGUAGAUUAAGUGAUACCAUUCUGACAUCUGUAACUUUACAUCAUAUGAUCAUUUAGUGCAGUUUCUCUACAAACUAUAAAAGCUGACAGAUUAUUCAACUCUAUUUUAAAAUCUUUGCACCGACUCUGCACUCUGUUAUUCAAACCAAACAGCUAAAAAAACUUAUCUAGUUACAGGUCAUUAACUGCUGCCUUGUUUUGAUUCCCCUCUGUGCACAUGAAUAAAGAUGUGAUUUAAUCAGAAGUACUGCAGUUUACUAAAGAGACCAAAUGAAGCAUCCGAGAUGUGAAUAGAGAUAAUAAAGCAAUAUUUAUCAUCACAAGCACUAAUCUGUUCCUUUGUGUGUUUUUUUUAGAUGUUCGAUGGAAAAACAAAUUCUGGGGCAAAUCCAUGGAAAUUGUUCCCAUGGGAACCACCCAUGUCAGGCUACCUGCGUAAGUCCUCUACUUAUUGUGUGUAGGUGUUGGGUUUACAUCUACAUAACUGGGUGCACUCUUGAGUGUUUAUUGAAGUGCACUGUACAGGCUGUAAGAGCUUGAAAAAAAAACAAAAACAGCAUGUGUGAUGUGACUUUUAAAACGUGUAGUUAUGUGCCGUCUCUUAAGGUUUGGGGACCACUAUGAAUGGAACAAAGUGACAUCCUGCAUCCAUAACAUCCUGAGCGGUCAGCGCUGGAUCGAACACUAUGGAGAGAUGUCUAUCAAAAACAUCAACAGUGAUGUCUGCCAGUGUAAAGUCACAUUUGUUAAGGUGAGGAAAUACAGACAGUGAAGUCCAGGAAUGGUGAUACAGCCUCUUUUGCAGAUUCUGUAUGGUUUUCGUGCCAGAGACAAUCUGGAGCCAAUUUUCUUGAGAAACUGUUGCUGCUGUUUCCUCCCUGUCACACAGUUCCCUCAGAUGUACUUUAUUCUUAUUAAUAUCUUGACAAACACUGCCUUCUUCUGGACAAGAUGGGAACUGGGUUUUUUUUUUUUAUAACACAAGUAUAGACAGUAUUUCUAUUCAAGGGUUAAUGUGUCUGAUCUCACGUCAAUUAAUGAAGUAUCUAUUUUUCAUAAAACUCAUACAGCUUUUCACCCCUCUUUCUUUUCUAGGCAAGGUCCUGGAGCUCGACAGUGAAUGAGAUAGAGGGUGUGGUCACAGACUCUAAAGGAAAAGUUGUACACACCAUAUUUGGAAAAUGGCACGACUCCAUAUAUCAAGGGGACCCGCCUGCUGCCACCUGUAUCUGGAGAGCGAGUGAGUGAUUGGACAUCUAGGAUAGUUCCGGGUUUCUGAUGCAGGGUUUGUUUUUUCAAACAACCAAACUAAAUGAUGAUAAAUGAUGUAUUUGUGUUUGUGUUAAGACCCCAUGCCAGAGGACCAAGAGCAGUACUAUGGCUUUACUCAGUUUGCAGUGGAGUUGAAUGAGCUGGAUCCCAACCUGAGACCUCUGCUGCCCCCCACUGACACACGCUUCAGGCCGGACCAGAGGUCAGCACUCUUUAGUCUUGUCUGAAAUGCUGAUGAUUGUCUGUUAUAGAUAGUCUGUAAGCUGCACAAUAUAUAAAAGAAAACGGAGUGUAUGAACAGCACAAGAAUGUAAAAUGACUACAAUCUUGAGACACACAAACACAGAGGCUGCAUGCACAGUGGUAAGUACCCUGAGUGCCUUACAGGGGCUGCAGUAAGAUGGUAAUGGGGACACUCAUACUAUAUAAAGCAGUCAUGGAAAAUGAGAAAGUAGUGAUAGCGUGACGGGUUCUAGAUCAUGUGACUGACACCACACGGCCUGUGGUGUGCCCUUUGUGUAUACCUACAUUGCAGCUGCGAUGUUCAAACAGUUUAUGGUUUUGCUUAGAUGCCCUCUUUAUACAAUUUGCAUCUAGCAUAGGCUAAUGAUCACAUUUGAACUGUUUCAUUAAAGCAAUAGUGUUUAUGGAUUAUCUCUUUGUUAAGGGGAUUUAAAGCUGCUGAAAUAGAACAAAAAACACACUAGAAUAACUUAUUGAAGUGAGUCUUGUCAAGUUGAUGUGGUGGUACUGUGUCUGAAAAUUUUAAAUAAGCAGAGGUAGAGUCCCUCAGAACCAAAGAUAAACUGUACACUAUCAGCAAGGUUAUAUGCUCCCUACAGAAAUGAUGACGGGUAAUGAGUGGAGUAAAUUUUUAUGCAGUUAGAAGAAAAAUAUACAUCAUUUAGUCUGUCGAAAAAGUACAUGGCUUCAGGUACAAAAAAACAAGAUAACACCAUGAUGAGGAUUUGUAAAAAUAGAUUUGAUAAGUCUGUCCUCAAGAGGAGAUGAAAACAACUUUAAAAUGUUUUUGUUCAACAGAGGUCAGAUGGAUCAUUUCUGAUGCAUUCCAGGAAGUCAAUAAAUCUAGAUUCAGAUUUGUGUCUCAGAUGGAAGUCACUCACUAAGCACUUUCCUGCACAGGCCGGACUGCAGUGCUGACCAGUGUCAAAGGAAGAGUCAGACUUUUCUGGAUAUUUAUUAAAGUAUAAAUGUGAAGCACUGCCAUUCAUUUCUUGACUCAUAAAAAAGAGCAAACAUGAAGAGAAGAGAAGUCUGAGAGGGGGAGUUGUUUUAGGAAGAACAGAAAGAAAAAGGAGAAAGGGACAAAGUGGAUGUUUUCAUCACAGAUAUGCUGAAAUGCUGGGGGAAAAAAAGGCCUCCAACUGUUGAUGUUUCUUUUCAAAAUAUUACCCUCCGCAUUGUUACAUAUCAACUUACGAUGAAAAAUAUUUCUGUACUCAACCAGGAGAGCAGCUGUGUUGUAACUGUUUAAUUUGCUUGUGAGUAAGAUCAGAUAACAUCUCUGACGCAGAAUUUGUACCAGUUUUGUUAGACUAAACUUGCUAAGGCCUGACAGCUCUGAGGGUUUCUCUUUUUAUGUGUGGACUCGGGAUGGGCAAAAAAGUAUCAUUCACGAUAUAUUGUCAGAAAAAUCCUUCACAAUGAAUAUUUGCCAUCUCGUAGCCAUAGCCCACACAGAGCAGAAUAACAAACAAACAUGGCCGAAGGUGAUUAAGAAGACGUUUCUGAGUAGCUUGUUACUGAACGAGGAUCCACAUGAGGGAUUUCCUUCAAGAUUGGGGCUUAGAUGAGAGUAAUCAGGUACGCCUGACAUCGGACGGUGGAUCUGCUGCUGCUGUUCACUCUGUGCAAUAAAAGUUUCCAACAAAUGUUGAAAGUGUUUUCACAUUUGAGACUUGUUUGAUGUUGUUAGUUUUCUUCAUAAUCUACCACUCAAACUCCUGGUGAAGUAUCUCAUUUGACUAGUCCAACUGGUGUUAUCAAGACAAAAUGAGUCAAAAAUAUAGAUCAGAAUUAUAAUAUUUUUUAUCAAAACUUUUAUCAUUAUUGCAGAAUGGCAAAUCUCAUCGUGAUACAUUUUUUUAGCCUAUAUCGCCCAUCUGUAGUGUGGACUGAAAGGAUUGGGGAAAAUGACUCUGUCAAAAUUGAAUCACUCAUUUUUUUGUUCCUGACUCGCUUUCUUUGCCUCCUUUAUCCAGACUAUUGGAGGAGGGAAACACAGAAGGAGCCGAGGAGCAGAAACAGAGGAUCGAGCAGCUCCAGAGGGACAGGAGAAAAGUGCUGCAGGACAACAACAUGACGCACCAGCCACGCUUCUUCAAGUAUGAGCAAGUUUGCUUCUCUGUGUGAUUGUGUGUCCAUUUUAAAGACAUCAACUUCUUUUCACCUUCUUUUAAAAGUGAAGCCCAAACUAUGUCUUGUGCGGGUCACAUGAUUUGAAACUGUAAUCUACACAGUUAGGACGCUCUGAAUGUCUUGGCUUCACAUGUUGAACUCUGUCAUGUCAUCCACCUUUUUACACAGUCAAUGAAUCAGACAGUCUUGUGCUUUUCCACUGAUUUACUCAGCCAAACAGAGUAUAUCAGAGUUUUCUAGACUGAUAAGAUAACUGCUCGUUUGAUCCUUUCUAAGAAGUUUACACCAUUUUAAAUUACAUCAUUUCUAUCUUAAGAGCCAUAUUAGGUCAGUGAUCAAUCCUCAGAGGCUCUACUCAUCUUUAGCUGUCAGUUACACCCAGACCACUCAUAAUAUUGAUCAUUUAAACUAAAAUAGAAAAAGCACAUGAUACUUUGGAGUAAGUUUAGAAGCUUUACCUGCUCUUGGCUCAUAAAUGGAAUAUAAUAAGCUUAAAAAAAGAAACAAAAACUUGACUUAAUCUGUUGUUUCUUUUAACAUUUGACAAACAUAACAGAUUUCAGAUGUGAUGUUAAAAGCUCUUCUUUUUGUUUAUUGUGCAGGAAGUCUAAAGACGACACAUGGGUGAGCAACAACACGUACUGGGAGACCCGCAGGGACCCCGGAUUCACCAAGGCUGACUUCCCUGUGUUGUGGUGACCUCUGGUUUAGACCUAACCUCUCCACUACAGCUCAACACAAAGAGGGAAGUAUAGAGGGACAGAACCGAGACCAGCCUGCAAGUGUCCCGAACUGGUGCACAUGAAUCAGAAGAUGUCAUGUUAACCUGACCUUAUACGGACUUCCUGCUUCCUCUUUCAGGACUCAGUAGAGCCUUUAUGUUUCUUGGUUUUGUUUUCUGUUGUUUAUAUCAAUUUUCCAUGAGUGUGCAUUACCUCUUCACAUCAUCUUGACUGUAAUUGACACAGUGUAGGCUACAAAGACAUAUCAUUAUGAUCAUCUCAGCAUUUACCAAAGUGCCUUUUAUUGCAGUGCCUCACUAAACCUGCUGCUGUUGCAUAUAUGCAAAAAACACUUAGAAUCACUUUGUUUGGAUGAUGUCAGAAUCAUACAUGAGAGAUAUAAAAGAAAACUUGUUCAUUAGGUCAAAAUGUGUCCCAGUAUUCCUCCAUCUGUGCAGUAUCAGGACUGGUGGAUGUCUUCAUUUCUUCAACCAGUAACUGGCUGGUGGAUAAUGUCAUAAAAGAGGGACUCUAGCCUGUUUUUGCUGCCUUGUUAUUAUCAGACAUGCGGCUGUCUUAGAUCUGUGGAUCAUGUUUGUCAAAACAGCAAUAAUAUUCCAUGUUAAAAGAAAAUAAAUUGUGAAAUGGAUGGACAAGUUA